UCCCUACCGAGCGGCAAGAAAAAACCUUUCUGGCUAUGGCUUCUCCGAACCAGGCCCAUGUACCCGACCUGCUCGCCGCCACCACCGACCGCGCCACGAGAUAAGCAAGCAUCCCCAAAAAAUCCACUGGAGCGGGUUGGUUGGAUCGCGCGCGCUGACUUUUCUGCCGAACCGAACCAUACACGCCACCGCCGGCGCGCAGCCGAGAGAAGGUAAUCAUAUAAAAGCAUUUGGCCGGGCAAGCAAUUUCAUUAUUAAUCUCGUCGCAGUGUUUCCGUGCAGAUCUCGAGCACCGGAGACCUCGAAAUAGGACUCUCGUGGGUCAGUGCUCGGUUGGCCAAGUUUAAAGCUGCGGACGUUGUCGUUUUCGUGUUUUUUUGUUCGUUUUUUCGGGAUAUUCUACUGAGAAGUGCAACAAUGAUCAAGUUCAGUGUGAUUUCCAUUCUUGUGGUGGCAGGAGCUGUCAUUGCCGAACCCCCGAUCAGUGCGGGCUAUUCCUACUCCAGUGGUGGCCACAGCCAUGGCGAUCACGGUGACUCCAAUGGUGGUUACGUUUCGGUCAGCCCAGGACAUCAAUCUUCCGAAGGCCUCCACGUGGAUCCCCAUCUACUGCACAAAGUGAAGGAAGUGCUGCUGGAACACGAAAACACCGGCUCAUCUUCCUUCGGAGGACAUUCGUCGCAUGGUGUCUCGGUACCAUCCACCUCGUACGGUGUACCGUCUUCAUCCUACGGACCACCAUCCCAUUCGUACGGCCCACCUUCCCCAGUCUACGGUGUCCCCUCGUUCGGAGGACAUUCAUCUCGCGUGACUGGAAUCGAACUUGGCCAUGUUCGCCAGGGAGUCCAGGUUGCUCAGUACUACAAGGCCCAGCAUGCCCCAUCGUACUCCUCUCAUUCGUACUCUGCUCCUUCCUACUCAUCCCACUCUGUCCCAUCGUUCUCGUCUCACUCUUACUCUGCUCCUUCAUCUUCCUAUGGUGCCCCAUCGGCCUCUUACAGUGCUCCAUCUUCCUCCUACGGAGCUCCGUCUUUCAGCUCUUCACACUCCUUCUCGGCACCAUCUUUCUCUUCUCACCAAUCUCACUCUUCCCAUGCUUCUUUCUCACUCCCUUCUUCCACUUACGGAGCCCCAUCAUUCAGCAGUGGAAGCAGCCAUCACCGUGUUCCAUCCACCGUCUACGGCGCACCCUCCCACUCUCUCAGCUCUUUCCGCCCUCCAGCACCAGUUUACCAUGCUCCGGCCAGCAGCUACCACGCACCUGCCCCAGUUUACUCUGCUCCCCGACCGGUUUACGGAGUCCCACACCACCAUUAAAUGCUGUCAUCGCAAAUCAAAAAUCUAAGUCAACUCUCGAGUUAAUUUAUUCAUAGUUUCAUCUGCUUUUCUCAUACUGAAUCACUUGUUGAAAUAAACAAAAAUUUGUUACCAAAAAUAUAAAACAAUAACAAAAUCUCA